AUGAUACGAAGAAAAACUCGGGACCUGCUCCAGUGCCACUCGUCCGAGCCACUGCCACUUGUCGCUGUCAUUUGCCAGCACGAGCUUCACACCAUCUCCAGUCUUGUUCCCCCUUCCUCGCGGAUCUUUCUGGUGGCCCCAAGAGUUCGAACGACGAGGGGACGAGGAGUAUUCUUCAGCGGCCUGUUCCUUGCGACUACGACGCUGGAAGUGAUGUGGACCGACGCCGUCCCAAAUUUUGCUUAUACUACUACGGCCAUCUGCAUCAUUACACACACAUUGCUAAGGCGGCACCUUGCUAAUCCCCGUCGGCCCUCGAACCACAAAAUAUUCCGCGAGACCAACGUGACCCAUAUGCGCCAGCAUCAGAUGCCAAAUGUGGCUUAUGGCCUGGCUAGGGCGGUAUGCACGACACAACAAGUCAACUCAUGUUUUUGCCCCGUUAUUUGCCGUCCGCUCAUCGAGAGCGACGACCAUGGACCACCAUGGUCGCAGAUUAACGAGUCAGGCAGUCGUCUCUGA